CCCAUGCCGAAUUUUCGAACGCAGAUCCUGAGUGAUGUUUUCGAACGCAGUGCUGAUUUCUUGUUUCUCUUAGUUUGUGGAAAACGUAUGGUCUCCUUUGCGACGGAGGAUUUGUCUAUUUAAAAAAAAUGACGAGCAAAGUGAAAAGUGCACCCAAGACGAAGGAAGGUGCUCCAGAGGAAACGACACUGAGGAAGAGACCCUUCAAGAGACAUGGGCGUCUGUAUGCUAAGGCGAUUUUUACCGGAUAUAAACGUGGAUUACGCAAUCAACACGAGCAUACUGCCCUGCUCAAGAUUGAAGGAGCUGGCACAAAGAAAGAUUCAGAUUUCUAUGUAGGAAAACGAUGUGUCUAUGUGUAUAAAGCUAAAAACAAAACGCCAGUGCCUGGAAAGACUACAAAGAAAACAAAGGUUAGAGCCAUUUGGGGCAAAGUCACUCGCCCACAUGGUGCAAGUGGAUCGGUGCGUGCUAAAUUUAAGAGAAAUCUGCCAGCUAAAGCUAUGGGCCAUCGUAUCAGGAUUAUGCUGUAUCCCAGUCGGAUAUAAAUAAAAUAUUUUGUUGUAUAAUAUAAGAAAAUAAAUACCAUUUUGGUACUAAAAGAAAA